AUGGAAAAGUACAGGAAGAAGAAGCGAGAUCUUCAUAUGGUGUUCACUAAUUUUGAAAGAUAUACGACAAUGUGCCAUAUAAACCGAAGUUCGAGGGUAGGAGGAGUUUCAGGAAAAUCUACAGACAUAAUUAGGGAUAUGUAUGCUAGGUCGGUUACUAGCGUUCGUGCACCAGUAGAGGAUACUGAUUUCUUCCAUAUAGAGGUAGGACUCCAUCAAGGGUCCGCGUUAAGCCUGUUUCUUUUUGUGGUUGUCCUAGAUAAGUUGUCAAAGUCGAUUCAAGAAAGAGUUCCAUGGUGCUUGGUUUUUGUGGAUGAUAUUGUGUUAGUUGUGGAGAACGAUGACGAGGACACUCAGAUCACUCUUAAGGGCCAAAGGGUUCAACAAACUACUAUAUUCAAGUUGGAUAGGAUAAGAAAUGAUGUCUUUAGGAAAAGAUUCGGGGUGGCUAGUAUAUUAGAUAAGAUGAAGGAGGGAAGUUUGAGAUGGUUUAGGCAUGUUAGGAGAAAACAAAUGACUCCAAUAGUUAGAGCCAUGGAAGCUCUUCCUGUGGAAGGGAGGAAGAGUAGAGUGACGGUGGUGGGUGGUGGGUGGCGGUGGCGAUGGGUGGUGGUGAUGAGGGCGAGUGGUAGUGCGGUGGCGACGACGAGCGGUGGUGAUGGCGGCCAUUGGUGGUGA